UAGAAAAAUCAGACUUCCGUGUUGAUACUGAUUUGGUGCCUCAAGUCUGGGAGCACGGAGAUGAUCCAAGGGGCGACAAGGGGCAUGAAAGGGAGGAUAAAGUGAGGGCCAACGAUCCAAGUAAGAGGUCCAAACCCACUUCAUCGUCCAACAACUCUUUGGUUCCUCCUACCUUGGGCGGAGCGAUGCCCAUGCAGAUGGCCAUUGCCGUCACAUCGUUGAACCCUCAUCGAGGUCGGCCCACCACGGAUGCUUCUUCGCCUUUAAAGGGGUCCUCUUCGUCGGCACCGGAUCCUUCAUCUAUGGCGACCCUGGCCAUCACUACGCCUCCAUUGACGACGCCGGCGCCCCGGUCUUCGACGCUGUCGACACCGACUCACCUGGUGACACCGCCUCGCCUCGACGAGGGGGCCCACGUGCGGUCUGAGCCUGAGGGGAUGGCACCUGCUGUGGCUACUGCGAGCGGUUCAUCACCGCCACCAUCGCCAUCACUUGCUUAUCCUACUCAACGGGGAGUGAUUUUCUCACCGUCCAUUCAGGCUGGCCAUGAGUCAGCGAUGGCGGAGGUGCGAGCUUUGUCCUCUUCGCCUCCGACGCCGGGAGGGGAUUCGGCGUCCGAAGCUCUUGCGGAGGGUGAGGUGCAGCCCCUGCGGUCUUCUACAUCAUCACCGCAUCCGUCUACUCGGCCUCUCGGGGUCGCCGGGACGGUCACUGUGGCCGACGUCACUCCUUCGCCGUUGAGGCGCAGCGGGCGUCACUCCAUCGGAGUUGACGGUACAACAACCACCGACGAGGACUCUAUGGCGAAGGUCAUGCGCAGGACGGCUGCUCGCAACCUCGACUUCAAAGGUUAUUCAUGUAUGUACACAAUGGCUCCAUACUUGGUCUAUCCUGCAGAGGCUGGAGGACAGGGACCUUUUUAUGAUGGCGUCUAUACGACCGAAGCGUACGGCCAGGGAGGUUUUCUACCUCCAUGGAUGACGAUGUGAUCUCCCGAUAGGAUCUACCACACCUUAGGAUGGACUUGAUUUAUUUUCUUAGCUGUAAAGCAAAUUUUAUUUUUGGGUAGUUUGGACUUUUUGGCUGUGUGCAUCAAGCUAUGCAGAGGCCGGGCUUUCUUUUCCAUGCAAUUGUAUCACCUCGAUAUAUCUAUUCAAUGAAAUGUCCUUUAUCGAAGAAAAAAAGCAAACACCAUGUGCACCAAGUGUUCGGCAAAAUAUCAUUGAAUUAUUAUUUGUUGUUUAAACAUGAAGUAAACAUCAUCGCAGGUUACUCGAUGAGGAAGGAUGCAUUGUUGUACGAUGUGUGGUUAACCAAAAACAAUGGUGAAUCUUGGAAGAAAAUGAACGAGACUCAAAGUUAACUGUGUGACUAAAAAGCCACUAACUCCCCAUUCUUUAGUCGAAAUAAGGUUAAAAUUAUGUAGGGAAAGAAAUAUACAUGUUCAUUUUCAACAACAAUAACUAUUACUCCCUUCGUAAACUAAUAUAAAAGCGUUUAGAUCACUAAAAUGAUGAUCUAAAUGCUCUUAUAUUAGUUUACAAAGGAGUAGUACAUAUAAUUAAAAACAGUCUGACGGAAAAUUAGCAAAAACCGAUCACUUUACAGUAAACAUAUACUAGGACAGUUUUCACACCGCAAGCCGGCUCAGAUCAGUUUUCUACCGACAGUCAAACCUGAGCACCAACAGAUAUUACACAAAGGAUUACAUGAGUUACAAGAGCACUAGGUACAUGUACAUAGAUCUCGCUCUGCUGUCAAGCAAUUGAAAA